AAAGAGAGGGCUGAACAUUGUAUGCCAAACAGGACAAGGCCUGACUUUCUUGUUCACUGUCUGCUGGAACAGCAACACUUCCUCUGACUGUGUGUGAGUGUAUAUGUGUGCUCUGUGCAAAUAGAAGCUUCAUCAGUGUAUCACACAUCUCCUCAAGACCAAAGCGUCACUUUCUGCCUCAUUCAUCCAUUUGUGACCUGAAGACUGCUCACUGCAGGUAAAUUCAGGAUGGUCUUGUAUUUGGGAGUGGUGAGGCAUGGCUUGGGCAUGCUCUCUAUCCGGAGAGCGUACUUGCUCUCACGCUGUGCCCACACCUCACCUCAGAGCCUUGACUACCGGCCAAUUAAAAAGGUCCUGGUAGCCAACAGAGGUGAGAUAGCAAUCCGUGUAUUCCGGGCAUGUACGGAGCUGGGGAUCCGGACAGUGGCUGUGUACUCCGAGCAGGAUACAGGCCAGAUGCACAGACAGAAAGCAGAUGAGGCCUACCUGAUUGGCAAAGGGCUGCCCCCUGUUGCUGCUUACCUCCACAUACCUGACAUCAUCAAAGUGGCCAAGGAGAAUAAUGUGGAUGCCAUCCAUCCAGGAUAUGGGUUCUUGUCAGAACGUUCAGAUUUUGCUCAGGCCUGUGAGGACUCAGGGGUUAGAUUCAUUGGCCCAAGUCCUGAAGUGGUGCACAAGAUGGGGGAUAAAGUAGAGGCUCGUGCUCUAGCCAUCAAAGCUGGUGUUCCAGUGGUCCCAGGGACAGAUGCUCCAAUAUCCUCUCAGCAGGAGGCUCAGGAGUUUGCUAAGACCUACGGCUUUCCCAUCAUUUUCAAAGCAGCCUAUGGGGGAGGUGGUCGUGGCAUGCGGGUGGUCAGGGAGUAUGAGGAGUUAGAGGAGAAUUACCAGAGGGCAUACUCUGAGGCUUUGGCUGCUUUCGGAAAUGGUGCUCUGUUUGUAGAGAAGUUCAUUGAGAAACCACGCCACAUUGAGGUGCAAAUUCUAGGUGAUAAGUAUGGAAAUGUGAUCCAUUUGUAUGAGAGAGACUGUUCCAUUCAGAGACGCCAUCAGAAGGUGGUGGAGGUUGCUCCUGCAGCUCAUCUGGACCCUCAUCUCAGAGACAGACUCACCUCUGACUCGGUUAAACUCGCCAAGCAGGUUGGCUAUGAAAAUGCCGGCACAGUGGAGUUCCUGGUGGACAAACACGGGAAACACUACUUCAUCGAGGUCAACUCCCGUCUCCAGGUCGAGCACACUGUUACUGAGGAGAUCACUGAUGUGGAUCUUGUCCAUGCACAGAUCCGUGUGUGUGAGGGCCAGAGUCUUCCUGAGCUUGGCCUCAGACAGGAUAAGAUCAAGAUCAAUGGCUGUGCCAUCCAAUGCCGUGUCACCACAGAGGACCCGGCCCGUGGAUUCCAGCCCGACACAGGACGAAUAGAGGUGUUCAGGAGUGCAGAAGGAAUGGGCAUUCGCUUGGACAGCGCAUCUGCGUUCCAGGGAGCAGUUAUAUCACCACACUAUGACUCCCUAUUGGUUAAAGUCAUCUCAAGUGGGAAGGAUCUGCCAACUGCGGCGAGUAAGAUGCUCCGGGCCCUGGCAGAGUUUCGCAUCCGUGGAGUGAAGACAAACAUUCCCUUCCUGCAGAACGUUUUGGGUAAUAAUCAGUUUCUGCACAGCACAGUGGACACACAGUUUAUCGAUGAGAAUCAGGACCUGUUCAACCUCAAACCCACGCAGAACCGUGCACAGAAACUCCUGCAUUAUCUGGGACAUGUGAUGGUAAAUGGGCCGACGACACCAAUCCCAGUCAAAGCCAAGCCUUCUACCACAGACCCGGUCAUUCCUCCUGUCCCUCUAGGAGAACCUCCUGCAGGUUUCCGUGAGGUCCUGUUGAAGGAAGGUCCUGAGGGUUUUGCCCGAGCAGUGAGACAGCAUCGGGGUUUGCUCCUGAUGGACACCACUUUCAGAGAUGCUCAUCAGUCUCUGCUGGCUACACGUGUCAGAACACAUGACCUGAAAAAGAUCGCCCCGUACGUCGCACACAACUUCAGCAAUCUCUUCAGUGUGGAGAACUGGGGAGGUGCUACAUUUGAUGUGGCUAUGCGCUUCCUGUCAGAGUGUCCAUGGCGAAGACUGCAGCAGCUGAGAAAACUAUUACCUAAUGUGCCUUUCCAGAUGUUGCUAAGAGGAGCUAAUGCAGUGGGUUACACCAACUACCCUGACAACGCCGUAUUCAAGUUUUGUGAAGUGGCAAAGGAGAAUGGUAUGGACAUCUUUCGGGUAUUUGACUCCCUAAACUACCUACCUAACAUGCUGAUGGGAAUGGAGGCUGCUGGCACAGCUGGAGGUGUGGUGGAAGCAGCCAUCUCUUACACAGGAGACGUCUCUGAUCCCAUGAGACAGAAAUACUCACUGGAAUACUAUCUGCAGCUAGCAGAGGAACUUGUGAAGGCGGGGACGCAUAUACUGGCUAUAAAGGACAUGGCUGGUUUGUUAAAACCUGAGGCAAGUCAAUUGCUGAUCACAGCUCUGAGAGAUAGAUUCCCAGAAGUUCCCAUCCACGUACACACUCAUGAUACAGCAGGUGCAGGUGUGGCGGCCAUGUUGGCAUGCGCUGAGGCGGGUGCUGAUAUCGUAGACGUGGCAGUGGACUCCAUGGCUGGCAUGACAUCUCAGCCCAGCAUGGGCGCUAUAGUGGCCUGCACCAAAGGCACCAAACAUGACACUGGGAUUUCUCUGGAGAAUGUGUUUGACUACAGCGAGUACUGGGAGGUCACUCGUGGUCUGUAUGCUCCUUUUGACUGUACUGCCACUAUGAAGUCUGGGAAUGCUGAUGUCUAUGAGAACGAGAUCCCAGGAGGCCAGUAUACUAACCUGCACUUCCAGGCUCAUAGCAUGGGUCUGGGCAACAAGUUUAAAGAGGUGAAGAAAGCGUAUGCCGAGGCCAACAAACUGCUGGGUGACCUUAUCAAGGUGACUCCGUCAUCUAAGAUUGUGGGAGACUUGGCACAGUUCAUGGUUCAAAACUCACUCUCUAGGGCCGAGGUAGAAGAGCGGGCAGAUGAACUGUCCUUCCCUCUGUCUGUGGUGGAGUUUCUGCAGGGACACAUUGGCAUUCCUCACGGAGGCUUCCCCGAGCCGUUCAGGUCAAAGGUGCUUAAAUCGCUGCCUCGGAUCGAGGGUCGUCCGGGUGCAUCCCUGCCCCCCAUGGACUUCAAAAAACUGGAGGCUGAUCUACGUGCAGCACAUGGUGAGGACAUCACGCCUGAAGAUGUGAUGUCAGCAGCCAUGUACCCAAAAGUCUUUCAGGAGUUUAAAGAGUUCACAUCUAAUUUCGGGCCCGUCGACUGUCUCAACACGCGCCUAUUUCUCGAUGGACCAAAAAUUGCAGAGGAGUUCCAGGUUGAGCUGGAAAGAGGAAAGACAUUACAUAUCAAAGCCUUGGCUUUGGGGGACCUGAACAAAGCUGGACAGAGGGAGGUGUUUUUUGAGCUUAAUGGUCAACUGCGGUCCGUCCUAGUCAAAGAUAUGGUGGCUAUGAAGGAGAUGCACUUCCAUCCAAAGGCUUUGAAGGACGUCAAGGGUCAGGUGGGAGCCCCCAUGCCAGGGAAGGUGGUGGAGGUGAAGGUGAAACAGGGUCAGAAGGUGGAGAAAGGUCAGCCCCUCUGCGUGCUCAGCGCCAUGAAGAUGGAGACUGUGGUGAACUCGCCAGUCACAGGAACCGUAGCCAAGGUGUACGUCAAGGCUGAUAGCACGCUGGAAGGAGACGAUUUGAUCCUGGAGAUCACAGAGUAAAUUUUAAAGGUCAGGGACGGGGCAGAGGUUAAACAACACAAGCCCACUAGCACUGGUGAUGCUUGACUCUUUAUUAACUUUCCUAAUUGGUAUUAAAUUUUAAAAAUACAUUUCAAACAGCUUUAAAUAUUCAGUGCAAGUACCAGAGAGGUGUAAUAUCCAAAAUAUUAAUAUUUUAUUCAGCAAUACAUUUUUAUUUUGAAAGUGAAUUAUCUACAAAAUGUGACAACAGCGUAGGAUUGCAGUUCUCUUUCUGUCAUAAGUUUGAACUACACAUCCUCACCUAGAACUUUAUGGCAUAUUGAAUCUAGCUAUGUGACAGAGCUAUAUUUUCCACAGUGAUGAUUCUAGUAUUAAAGUGAUAAAUGAAUUUAUUGCCUGUUAACGUGACUAAUCAUUGUAAAUUCUGCAAAUGUAUGAAGUUUUAUGUGCAUGUAUGUAUAAGAUCUCUUAUGGAUCAAAGUACACCAAUUUUGUCUUAAUGUUACAUGAGUGGAGCAUUAAAACACAUAUUAUAAUAGAUGUAAAAUAUCAAUAUUAAGCUCUCCAGAACAUGCAGUACAAAUUAAAGCAAAAAUAUUAGAUGGGUUGCCAAAAUAAUGUAUCUUACAUCAUAGCUUAUGAUAUAAAUUCACCUGAUUAUGGGGCCAUUUUAUAAUUGAAUUUUAUAAAUAAAGCUAAUGUUUGUUUCAGUGUAAA